CCGCGCGUGAUUCUGUUGAUGGGGCAGCUGGCAUGGGCGGCGAGCGCCUCUAUAUUUGCCCAUCUAGAACCAGCUCCGUGCCUCCUCCUCUUGUUUCUUCAACAACUUCGACAACUUCCCUGUCCUACUUUGUAACUCCACCUGAAAAUUCUGCUGUCUUAAUUACUGUACAUCAACAGCAAAGAGAUCAAGUCUUCAUACGCUGAAGCAUAUCUCCAUCGUCACACCACCUCGGCUACCUCUGGGCAGUCUCGAGGCAUCAACACUCACAGUACCGCAUCAACAAGCAAACUUCCUCUACUCGUCAGUACAUUAUAGGAUCGUAAUAGAAAGGAAAUGUAGCUGCUAACAUCAUCCAGACAAUGUCAGACCGCAGACUUCCCCUCGGUCCAAACUCCAAGAUCAGCGCCUCCGGCAGACGUACGGCUGUGCAUCCACCACUCCGCCGCUCAGCCGGCCACAACAAAAGCAACCCCGUGGAGGAAGUCGACGACUUGGACUCGGAAGACCCAGCUCUUCUACUUUACCAGCGUCCGAAAAUGCCUCGAUUCAAAGGCCCAACAAAGGCACAACUGACGGCGCGGCAAUUCAACCCGCGGUCAGGAGUCCCGCUGAGCAAGGAUGAGCAGUGGAGAAACUGGGAGGCAGACCAAAUCAGGCUCGAGAGAGAGCACAAUCAGAGAAGAGAAGUCCUUCUCCGAGAGCGCGACUUACAAAGAGGCCAACAAGCAGUUGAGGAGGAGGAGGAAGACCUUGAGAUGGAAGAGGAACAGGAGAACAGGUUCCCAUACCUUCCACCAAGAAGACACUUUACUCCCGAACCUUUCCAUGACGAGAUGCUGGAAGGCGACAUUCACGAUCUUGCACCUGCUUCUAAACGACGAAAGCUGGGUAGGGAAAGACAGAAAUCUUCUCACGCCUCAGAAAUGCUUCGAGGGCCUCGAGGCAAUCCAAGUCCACUUAGACGCCGGAACAGACAGGAAAAUGAGUGGCACCCUCCCCAAAACCGCUUUCGGUAUCGCGCGGGAGAGACAUAUGGUUCCUCUCCACCACAGCCACCACAGCCACCUCGUCCAGAGUCUGGAUACCAGCCCUCACAUCCAGGCUCAAUGAGACCUUGGCUUCUUCAAACAAACUCCGGCAUUCCGACCAGGUUUUCUCCUCCACGUCCAAGACCACGCUCUCGACUCCCAGAAAUGCCUAUACCUCGGCCCCGUCAAACAACAGAGCCGGCCUCCCCUGGUCUAUUUGUUGACCAGUCACCACCACCGCCAGUACCACAGGGCGAAGAAGACUCUUCAAUGGCUGCCGUCAAGGAAGAAGAGCCAGAGGAAGACUUCUACGACAAAUCUGUACUGAGCAACCCUAUAUCUUCGUCUCCAGUUCGGGGAACACAACCAGCAACUGGUGAAGAAGAAGAUACUGGUGAUGGUCAGACUACCAAUCCCGGAGAUCUUCCAUAUCUGCCCUUCAAGGACGUAGUUUUCGCACCAUUAGAAGCUUUGCUUGGAGCCGAAGUCGGAGAUAUGGAAGUCGUUAGUAACGGCGAGUCCAAGAAGACUCUUCCAGUAACAGAAGUUUUCCGAAAAAUUGAGGGAUACACCAAAAGGGCGGUGACUCAAGGCUCUUUGGAUGAGAUCGCUGUGGUGCAAAAGAAAGGUCUUAUCGACUUGAAGCAGGGUUAUCGACAAGCCACAGCAAAGGUCGAGAAACAAGAGGAGGAACUGGCAGACAAGGACCGUGAGAUUGAUCGUCUGAAGGAGAUCAUUCAGCGGAAGAGAAGGGAUCCUGAAGAGGAUUGGGAAGAAUGAAUCUUGGUGUGUAAUGGUUAAUCAAGAUGCUUUCGUUGCUGCAAGAGAUAGGAAAGGAUAAUAUAAGAACCUCAUCUUAACAUCCCAUGAUUCCUCUAUUGUACUCGUGUACCGCUCGUGGACUGAAUGAGAUUCUGUUGUUUGGUCUCCCUGUGUGCCAGCUGCCGUUCAAAUAAUGAUAGUGAUAUUUUCAGUAGGGCGGGUGAUGCCGGAAUAUACCAAUAUAAAAUCAAAUCUGCAAUCCGAAAGGUAACUUGACUUGCAACUUGGAUGGAGCAAGCUGAAAGGUCCUGUGACGUCCGAAUUGCUUCCAACUCUUUCGUGUGGUGCCAGUGUAGGUGGGCCCGCUCAGUGUACAAAAUUCCUAUGAACGAACACUUGCUCCUGAGAUUCUUUCCCACAGUUCUCCGUUCAACCACAGAGCUAUAUUGGAAAUGAACUGCGGCAAUGCUCUGUAAACGUCAAAUAAUUUCGCGCUGAAUGAUGACACAGGUCGUGGAAGCACGUCCCAGGAUAUCAGCAAGGGAUACCAGAAAUUAUGAAAUCACGAAUAGCGGAAAGAAAUCAGGAUAUUGAAAGACCCAUUUCAUAUCGAGUGCCUCAGCACAGAUGUCAUGCACGUAAGGUGCUUGCCUGCAUAUGCAACUACGCCAUCCUGAGUUCAGAAUCCCCAUCCUAGUAUUGCAAGCAGACACGAAUGUGCAGAAAUUAUUCCCCAUAUUGCAGAAACCCUAAGCAGCAGCAGCAAUUGCGCGAGCAAGUAUGUAUCAAGCUGUUGCGAGAAAUGAACAUUUAUCCAGAUCAAGCGUGCA